UAUAGCGAGUUCAUGCUGUGCCAGAUUGACGUGUGGAAGAUGGACCGUCAAAAGUGUACAGCCAAAGGGCUGUCACGCAACAGAGAGAGAAGAAGAAGUAGCAACUACCUAUGUGUCUUUUUAGCGAACUUCCUGUUUCCAACGAUUUUGAGUGUUUUAAAUAAUGAGUUUCAGCUUUGUUUCCGUAUUUAAGAUAAACGGCGUUCCGAUUCUCCCACCGUUGAUGACGCCGGAAGUUCGUGCAGAGGUUAGCGAAUAUCGCAAAAAAGCACUGGAAAUCGAAAAAAGUAUUAAAAAAUCUGCCAAGCCUGAUGAUGGUCCAAGCUGUUGCCGAGACCAAAGAAAUAAUUCUGAAGCUACAGAAAACCCUUCAUCACCGCCUGAUGAUCCUACUGCCAUCAACCGUCGUAAUUCUUUUACAUUAGCAACACCAAGCCUCGGUUCCGUUGAUUUGCCGCAUUCUACAUCUCCAAUUAACUGUAACGAUGUUCUGCAAAAAUUUGAAGGUUCUGAUAAUACUUCACCCAGACCUCGCAUUAGAUCAAAUUCAUUUACUGUAGAUUGCCCGAGUCCAUUACUUAUAAAACAUUUGCAUAACCAAAGCUUGGAUGUCAAAAGUUCUUUUUCGAUGGGCGAAAUUCCAAUGUCUGAUCAAACGGAACAUGUUAAAAAAUUAAACUUCGAAUCAGACGUAAAAACCAAAACGCCGAUAACACCAGUUGGUAAACCAAAGCUGGUAACGGAUAGAAAAGUGAGCUCAGCAAAAUCCCAAACAGCUCCAAAAAGAAUCAAAAGUCCUUAUGAGUCAGUUUCUGAGACCAGCAUAAAGAUCAACAGCAGAACAAAACCUAGCACUCCAAAGAAAAACUCAACAAUAAAUGUUGGCAAUAAAACAGACAGUAAGGUAUUACCGGCAACAAAUAUUUGCCAGCAAAAAAUACGAGAUAUUCAAAAGCAACAGGAGCAGCGAAUGUUGAAGCUGUUGAAACGGUAGGAGGAGGAACAACGCCAAUUGCAGGAAAGUUUUCGACGUCAGCAUGAGGAGAUAGCAAAAACGCUUCUUCAAUCCGUGGAUCAGAUCCACACUUCCACCCCAAUAAUUGGGAGUCCAGAAGACUCAAAGAGCAAUCUUCCUUCCAAUGAAGCGUCGCAGAUGGGACCAUCUUUCAAAAAACUUAAUAUCAGUUCAAAAGAUUUUGUUCAAAAUAGUGAUACGCAAUCUAGUAUCAGUAAUCUAUCGUCCAGUAAGACGCUGUUUGUAUUUUCCAAUUCCAGCAAAUCAAGUGUAGAUUUUGAAGAAUCUGAUGAAAUGUACAAAACUUGCAACAAUAGCAGUAACAAUAAUCGAUGGAAAAAUGACGAACAAAUAUUCAGCGACGUUCGCAGCUAUAUGGAAAUUAUGUAACAAACGCUGCAAGACAAAGACUUGCAAGAGUUAAGCGGAUUUAGUAAGCAAGAUCAUCCAAUAUUGAAGCAGGACGAACACAUUAAAUAUAAUGCAGCUUGUCUAAUAAAUGCCUAUGCAAGAGGAUAUCUUACACGCAGGCUUUUUCAAACCGAGAAGGUUCAGAAGAUUGUCCAAAUUAUUCGUGACACACUCUUGUUUAUACUGGAUAUGCACCAUGAAAAUGCUGCCUCUGGUAGACGAAUUCGUAGUUCAGCAGACGUACAGUUAAAACGAACUCUUGUUCACCAGCUCACUUCCGCCUGUAAUCAACUACAUGAAACCUUCAUUGAUAGUGUGCUCGCUAUAUUCAGUCAAUAUUGAAGCAACCACUGCCACAGCUACCGACAAUCAAAACGACAACAUGAACCGUGAAGCAUUUGAGGAGCUGUAUAGCAAACCGCCUACCAGUCUUAUCUCAAGUGCAACAUCGAUCCGUUCGUCAUCGACAGGACUUCCUCACGUUCUGAAUUUUAGGACGCUAUCAACUGGUACUCCAGCAAACCUUCCGGCAACUGUGAUUUCGCAUCUUGUGAACCAAGUUAAAAGGGCAGUUUCAUCAAGAUCUGCCACAAAAGCUCGGCAACAGGUCAAUCUCCGUCCAAAAACGGCAUCCGUCAUAAGACAACACCUUCUAGAAUCAAACAUACGCCUAGAAUAGUUUUGAUAAGAUAGCCGAAUCGACAAUUUAUUUUUGUAUAAAAUUUUUCAAUAAACAUGAGAAAUUAUUCUGUA